AUGGCAAUAGAUGUGCAAAUGAUUGCUACUAAAAACUUGCAGAAUAAUUGUAAUUGGUUAACUCAAGACAAGGUGCUGCAGCAACUAAAGAAAGUUAAUAUAAACAAAGCUCCAGGGCCUGGCGGUAUCCAUCCACGUGUACUUAAGGAACUAAGUGUAGAAAUAAGUGAACCUCUGUUUUUAAUCUUUCAAGAUUCUUUUCUUUCAGGAAGUGUUCCGGAGGAUUGGAGGAAGGCAGAUGUGGUUCCUAUAUUCAAAAAGGGUUCAAAAUCCUUGCCUGGAAAUUAUAGACCUGUGAGCUUAACUUCUGUUGCUGGUAAAAUAUUUGAAAGGUUAUUACGGGAUAAUAUUCAAGAAUUCCUUGAGAAGAACAUGAUUAUCAGCAAAAAUCAGCACGGUUUUAUGAAGCACAGGUCAUGUCAAACUAACUUGAUUGCGUUCUACGAAGAAGUAAGUAGAAGUAUAGAUCAGGGUGUUGCAGUGGUUGUGAUCUAUUUGGAUUUUGCCAAGGCAUUUGAUACAGUUCCACACAAUAGAUUAGUGUUCAAACUCAAGGAAAUCGGUCUAGAUGAAAAUGCUUGUUCUUGGGUAGAACAUUGGCUUAAAAACAGAGUACAAAGAGUUGUCAUUAAUGGUAAAUUUUCAAGCUGGACAGAGGUGGCAAGUGGUGUCCCUCAGGGGUCUGUUCUGGGACCCCUUCUAUUUAACAUGUUUAUAAAAUGAUCUUGAAGACAGCAUUGAAAGUCAUGUUUCAGUGUUUGCAGAUGACACAAAACUUUGAAAAACAAUACAAUGUGAGCAAGAUAUUACUUUGCUGCAGAGGGAUUUAGAUAGACUGGGGGACUGGGCACUCAAAUGGCAGAUGAAAUUUAAUGUUGAAAAAUGCAAAGUUAUGCACUUCGGCGUAAAGAAUACACAAGCAACGUAUACCCUUAAUGGAAGCGAAUUAGGGAUAACAACACAUGAAAAGGACUUGGGAAUUGUUAUAGACAACAAACUAUGCAACAAUGUGCAAUGUCAAUCAGCAGUGGCCAAGGCCAGUAAGGUAUUGUCAUGCAUGAAAAAGGGCAUUCAUUCUCGGGACGAGAAUAUCAUUUUGCCUCUUUAUAAAUCACUGGUAAGACCCCAUAUUGAAUAUGCUGUGCAAUUUUGGGCACCUGUUCUAAAGAAGGAUAUUAUGGCACUAGAAAAAGUGCAGAGGCGGGCUACAAAAUUAAUAAAAGGAAUGGAACAUAUCAGCUAUGAAGAAAGGUUAACAAAUUUAAACCUAUUUAGUUUAGAAAAACGUUGCCUGAGAGGGGAUAUGAUAACAUUAUACAAAUAUAUUCGGGACCAAUACAAACCAUUGUUUGGAAAUCUAUUCACAAACCAGACUUUACAUAGGACACAAGGCCAUGCGUUUAGACUGGAAGAAAGAAGAUUUUGUCUAAGGCAAAGGAAAUGUUUUUUUACUGUAAGAACAAUCAGGAUGUGGAAUUCUCUGCCUGAAGAAGUGGUUUUAUCAGAGUCCAUACAGAUGUUCAAACAGCUACUAGAUGCAUACUUGCAAAAACAGAAUAUUGAAGGAUAUAAUCUUUCAAUGUAGGGUAAUAACUGCUUGAUCCAAGGAUAAAUCUGACUGCUAUUCUGGGGUCAAGAAGGAAUUUUUUUCCUAGCUUGUUGCAAAAUUGUGCUUCAAACUGUUUUUUUUUUUGCCUUCUUUUGGAUCAACCGCAAAAAACAAAUGUGAGGAAGGCUUAACUUGAUGGGCGCAAGUCUCUUUUCAGCUAUGUAACUAUGUAACUAUGUAGAUUAAAACAUCCCCUGCCCUCCACACAUCUCCAACCCCCAAAAACCACCCCAGAAGAAUCAAUAUGACACGGACAGCAGGUGGAAGGAAAGCCAAUACUGGUUGUUUUAUUGAUAAGGAAAAGGCAUCUGAAAUUUGUAACCGACAAUAAUAAUCAAUAGAGAGCAAAAAAGGGGUCGCAAGAGUAUUCUGAGGACGGAAAGCAGCUAAAAUAGCCUGCCCUUCGGUGGGUCUUCGGCAGUGGUGUAUCCUGGUUUUGUGCUGCCCUAGGCAGGACAAAACUAAGGCGCCCCCCAACCGCCCCUUGCGCGCGCGACCCCCACCCAUCCCUUCCCCCCCGCGCGUGUGACCCCUCCCAUCCCUUCCCCCCGCCUUCUAAAUACACACACACACACUCACUCACAGACACACACACUCACAGACACACUCACUCACACACUAACCAGACACACACACACACUAACAGACACACACACACUAACAGACACACACUCACUAACAGACACACACACACACACUAACACACACUCACUAACAGAACACACACACUAACAGACACACACACACACUAACACACACUCACACAGACACACACACACACUCACUAACAGACACACACACUAACAGACACACACACUAACAGACACACACACACUAACAGACACACACACACACUAACAGACACACACAAUAACACACACUCACUAACAGACACACACACUCACUAACAGACACACACACACACACACACACUAACAGACACACACUCUAACAGACACACACACUAACACACACUCACAUUAACACAUGUACUUUUUAAACCCCCCCCCCCCUCCUCCAGCCUCCUUACCUUUGGGAGUGCUGGGGAGGGAAGGGGUUCUCUAUCUCCCUGGUGGUCCAGUGGCUGCUGGGUGGGCGGCAUUGGCAGGCGGGCGGCCGGCGAGGGAGCUCUUCCUGUGAGCUGACUGCUCAGCUCCCUCGCUCGCCGCAGAGUGAGGCUGGGAGCCGGGAUUUGACGUCAUCUUCCGGCUCCCGGCAUCACUCUGCUGGCGGCGCGCGAGGGAGCUGAGCAGAGCGCUCAGGGGAAGAGCUCCCUCGUCAGCCGCCCGCCCGCCAAUGCCGCCCGGCGCCCAGCAUGUCUGUUAGCCGCGAGGCUAACAUGACAUUUGCCUUGGGCAUUUGGGGGGCGGCUUUUUUUGCCGCCCCCUGAAAAAUGCCGCCCAAGGCAAAUGUCUUGUUUGCCUCGCGGCUAAAACGCCCCUGUUCUUCGGUGAACUCAAGCUGGUUUUAGCUCAACUUGUGCCAUUACAGAGAGAACAUAUCUGAAGCAUAUCAGACUGGUCCCACCCAUACGGGCAGUCCAGAUCCGAAAUGCCAGCAAGUUCUCUCUGCACGAGAGAUACAGCAACCCCAGACGAUCGUUUCAGCCUUGUUGGGCAUCGUCAGUGAGGCAUAGCUGAUAUCUCUCUAGGCACCGUGAGCAAGGGGUCCACGUCUGGAUUACCCUUUAAACUAAUGGAGAGCAAAAAUGGGUCGCAAGAGUAUUCUGAGAACGGACAGCAGCUAAAAUAGCCUGCCCUUCGGUGGGUCCCAGCUCAGAACUCAAGCUGGUUUUAGCUCAUCUUGUGCCAUUACAGAGAGAACAUAUCUGAAACAUAUCAGACUGGUCCCACCCAUACAGGCAGUCCAGAUCCGAAAUGCCAGCAAGUUCUCUCUGCACGAGAGAUACAGCAACCCCAGACGAUCGUUUCAGCCUUGUUAGGCAUCGUCAGUGAGGCAUAGCUGAUAUCUCUCUAGGCACCGUGAGCAAGGGGUCCACGUCUGGAUUACCCUUUAAACUAAUGGUGAGCAAAAAAUGGGUCGCAAGAGUAUUCUGAGGACGGACAGCAGCUAAAAUAGCCUGCCCUUCGGUGGGUCCCCGCUCAGAACUCAAGCUGGUUUUAGCCCAACUUGUGCCAUUACAGAGAGAACAUAUCUGAAGCAUAUCAGACUGGUCCCACCCAUACGGGCAGUCCAGAUCCGAAAUGCCAGCAAGUUCUCUCUGCACGAGAGAUACAGCAACCCCAGACGAUCGUUUCAGCCUUGUUAGGCAUCGUCAGUGAGGCAUAGCUAGUAUCUCUCUAGGCACCGUGAGCAAGGGGUGCCUAAUAAAUAUGGUGGAGGCACUGAGGUCAUGACUACAUGCCUCAGACCCAAGCAGAGGCAUAAUGGACUGCCGGGAAGAUCUUCAGCCCCUGUUCCUCCCUAAGAUAUUUUGGAUGGGCAAUCCAGCAGGCCAUCACCUGUAGGUGAAAGCAACCCAACCACAUACCACCUGACACUCCCGUCCUCCAUCUCUGCUCUACAUCUCACUCUAGUCUAGAACCUUCUCACAGGAGAGGGAAUAGAGAUACGCUCCUGCCCAGUGAAUCUGUGGUGCUGCCAGGCCGCCCAACCAAGUAGCAACCACAGGAGCCAAUUACUUACAAGGCCGGGACUCAGAGGUCUAGUUCAACUAAGAUUAUUCAGAUUUUGGAGUACCAACAUUACGCAGCUGAGUCGAAUUGAAUGGCAGAUUACAUAAUUUUCCUUUGCAAAAAAAACCACAUACGGUAACUCAAAAACUAAAGUAGCACAAAUAAAAAUGUUAACAGCACAAACCGGCACAAACACAGCACUAACCAACCAACCCGGUUUUAUUUCUUUUGGCUGUUGUAAGGGGGCUGGGUGACCCCUGGUGACCUUUAUUAAAAAAUGAAUGAUUUAAAAUGAAAUGAGAUAGAAUGGAUAUUUAAACAGAACAAUCCAGCACAAAUACAGCACUGACCAACCAGCCCAGUUUCAUGUAUUUUGGCUGUUAUAUGGGCCCUGGGUGACUUUUGGUGACCUUAACUUACUCAGCAAUAACUCAACAUACAAUUGCUAUUAUCUUAAUAAUAAAAUCAGCACAAAUCUUAAUUUUUAUGGCAAAACACAGUGCAAACGUAGCACUAACUAAACAAAGUGGAUAUUUUAUUUGUGCCAAUUACAGGGGGGCCAGCCUCACACAGCCUAUGCAAUGCCAUAAGUCCAACCAUAAACCCUAAUAUGUUCUAUAAAUCACUUUGUGACACCAACAACAUUAUUUAAAUUUAAGUCACAUCGAAUUCUCGCUUUAGUGAAUAACUCUGAAAAUCUUUGUUUGAAUUAAGAGCAUUACAUGAGCCUGUACUUAAAAACCUGUAUAAACCUAAAGCCAUGCUGUAUUAACCCGUCACCGACAGCAAGACAGCUUACUAUGCUGUAUAAUUAACUCUAUAUAUCGUGAAUUAUAAAAGUGACACUCUCACAAAUUAUAUAACUGCAGGUGUUUUUUCUCUUUCAGUUUUACAGAGGACUCUAGACUAAUGGUGGUACUCAGGGCUCCAACCCCUGUCAAAUCCUCCCUCCAACCUCUACACUGUCCAAAGACCACAAGCUCGAAAAUUCAAUUUUCAAUUCAUUGUAAUUAACAAUUAUCUGACUUAAUCCUACGGACAGCAAAUGUUCCCGUGGAUUCAUUAGGAAUGUUUUUAUCCACUUAACAUGUUUAACCCCUUAAGGACACAUGACAUGUGCGACAUGUCAUGAUUCCCUUUUAUUCCAGAAGUUUGGUCCUUAAAGGGUUAAACUUGCCUCUUAUCAGAGAAAACAUACAGAAACCCCUCACUGCUUCAGCCAUUACCACCAUUUCUGGGAGUAUGUUCCAAAUAUACACCUCCAAAAUCUCAAUUGCAGCACAUCCACACUGAUUUCUUUCUCACUUUAUUUUUCUUUUUUCGGGACAAGAAACCAUCUCCCCCCAUCCAGAUUGCUGCAAUAUUAUUCAUUCUCUACUUUACUAAACAUUGGUUCAUUAACCCCUUAAGAACCAAACUUCUGGAAUAAAAGGGAAUCAUGACAUGUCACACAUGUCAUGUGUCCUUAAGGGGUUAAACAGCAAACUGUGGUGACUGAGUUGGAGAUUUUAUUUUCCCUUAAAAAUAUAUAUAUUUUUCCCUUGAAUUUUUUAUUGGAGUUUUCAAUUCACUAUAGUUCCGUGUUUAGACAUGGGUUCUGAGACUCACAGAUUCCGUGUUUAGACAUGGGUUCCUAGACUCACAGAUUCCGUGUUUAAACAUGGGUUCUGAGACUCACAGAUACACUGUAACCACUUCCCGUGAUGUUUCUCUCUAUAACCAUACAGCUGCCAUUCGCAGACUGUGCUUUUUUUUACGCUGCAUUCCUAAGAAUUUUGUGUUUUUCCAGGACUCUCCCAAAACCCCUCCAUGUGAAUCGAGCAUCACUCGUGACCGGGAGAAAUAUUACCCCAGGGGAAGUUAA